AUGGCAGCGGCGGUAGAGUCCGGCUUGGUGACAGACCAAGGAUCAGGCUCCCAAGUUGGAUAUUACUGCCAGAAGAACAAACUCUUUGAUUGCAAAAAUCCGACAGUUUCUAAAGCGGAGGUGACAGGCAUUCCAGUUAAUGCUCUUAUUCACUGUGAUUCUCCACCACACCACAGUACUCCCUCUGUCCCGUUAUAUGUGACGUUUUACCUCUGUAUCAAGUACAUCAAAGAUUCUUUGAAUCUGUACAUUGGUUCUGUCCACAUGCAUGGAGCUUUGAAUGAAUCUGGACCUCCAAAUGACUUGCCAGAACGUCAAAUAAAAUGGGACAGAGGGAGUACAUCUCUAACAGCUUCUGAGCCAUCUCUUGUAUGGAGUUCAGAUGAUCUAAUUCCGCCAAGUGAAAGAUGUAUCUUCAAUUUCAACUCAAAAGAUGAGCUGAAAAGGUGGCAUUUGUACUCAGAAUCAGAGUAUGGAGGUUUGUCUUCUGCAUCCUUGGAAAUAACUGAUGGCGCUUCAGUUGGAGAUACUCCAUUAACUGGUGUGUUUUCUGGUAAUCUUUCUUUGGAUAUGUCCGAAGAGUCAACAUGGAGGAUCAGGCACUAUGGAUUCUGCGGGAUGCGAUCAAAGAAGUUUGAUGGUUUCAUUGACCUUGAUGCAUAUGAUACAAUAGCAAUGAAGAUCAAAGGGGAUGGAAGAUGCUACAUAUCUACCAUAUACACGGAGAAUUGGGUGAAUUCACCUGGACAACAAGAAGACAACUCAUGGCAGGCUUUUGUGUACAUACCCCAGGACAGAUGGCAAGUCUUGAAGGUAAAUUAUCAUUUGCUAUCAUUCAAAAUUCAAAAUAUGCGAUUUUUUUAUGAUGAAAGACACGUUCCCUUUCCAUACAGAUCCCUCGAUAUCGCAGGAAAUGUGAUUGAGGCAAAGUUGGAAAUGAACCCUGCUCGAAUCGUGGGGAUGUCAAUCUCUGUAAACGCAGAAGGCGGUGUUCCUGGUGCCAAGACUGGGCCUGGUGAUUUUAGGCUUGAGGUUGAUUGGAUCAAGGCGUUGAGAACACUGUGA